AUGGAAAUGGAGUUGGAACAAGUUGCUCCGUCAAAUAACGAACAUGCCUCUUCCACUCUAAGCAGUGAGCAACACAACGCUCCCGCUGUAGCAAAAGCACCCGACAGCGAAAUUGUGAAACUCUCAACUUGGAAGUUCUCUACUAUUUUAAUCUCUUUAUGCUCAGCAUGUUUCUUAGCAGGUUAUGAUUCCACGUGUGUUGCCACACUUGCCCCAACUAUCAGUGACGAGUUCAACUCUCUCAAUGACGUGAGUUGGUAUGGAAUCGCAUACUCGCUCGCGUCCUGUGCGACAAUUCUCAGCUUUGGCAAGUUUUAUUCCUUCUACUCAACAGGAAUUGUAUUCGUGUCUGCCCUGUUUGUCUUUGUCAUCGGCUCCAUCAUCUGUGCCACGGCACAGUCAUCUAUCGCUUUUAUUGUGGGAAGGGCAGUGGCCGGCCUGGGAAACGCUGGGAUCUUCUCCGGCUGCAAUAUUAUUGCCACCAGAAUCAUUCCUCUGAGGUGGAGGCCUUUCUAUCAGAGCUUUAUCGGAAGUAUGGAGUGUAUUGCACUGGCAACUGCACCUUUGCUUGCUGGUGCCAUCGCUGAUGUCACUUCCUGGCGAGUGUGUUUCUGGAUUAGUGUUCCUCUGGGAAUCAUUCCAAUCACCUCGGUACUCUUCUUCCUACGACUGCCGAAGACAGAUAAACAAGCGGAAUCUUCACCCACUACCAAACUGAGGCAACUUGAUCCAGUAGGAAUGGCCCUGUUUGUCCCCUUGGUCAUUUGCUUUACAUUGGCACUUCAAACUGGCGGAACAGCAUACCCGUGGAGUAGCAAGCAGGUCAUUGUACCGCUGGCUUUGACUGGAGCCUUUCUGGUGGCUUUUACAGUGCAACAGGCAUACAUGCAAGAGCAUGCAACACUGCCUGCUAGACUGCUUAAGUCUCGAAUUAUGCUUUUCAGCAUUGCAGUCAGCUUUGCCUGUUCAGGUGCACUCUAUAUCUUCACAUAUUAUUUACCCAUUUAUUACCAGGCAAUUCGUGAUGUUUCAACAAUGCAGUCCGGUGUUAGAGAUCUCUCCCGUAUAAUAGGUCUUGUCAUUGCCAUAAUUUUUGCCGGCGCAAUGACAAGCGUGACGGGAUACUAUAUGCCGUACAUGAUACUCGGGGGAGUGAUGAUGUCAAUCGGUGCUGGCCUUACAACCACCUUCAACACUACCACAUCCAUUUCCCACAUUAUUGUAUAUCAAGCCAUCUUCGGUCUUGGGUGUGGACUCGCGUGGCAGCAACCUUAUAUCGCGGUCCAGACUGCCACGCCUGCAGCCGAUGUGCCGUCGGCGAUCGUGGUGCUGACCUUUGGGCAGCUUCUGGGCGGCGUGGUCAUGCUCGCCAUCUCACAGAAUAUAUUUGCUGCGGAACUGAUUUCUGGUCUGGCAACCAAAGUCCCCGGACUUGAUGCUAACCUCGUUCUGAACUCAGGUGUGCUGAGUCUUAGAAAGGUCAUUCCCUCAAAGUAUCUCACCGAGGCCUUGUCCGUGUACAAUGAUGCCCUUGUGAAGGUGUUUUAUACUGGUGUGGCAAUCGCCUGCGUGACCACAUUUGGCGCCUUGGGAUCCGGAUGGAGAUCAGUAAAACAGGCUGAUAAAACCAAAUGA